AUGGAAACAAACCAGCGCAGAUGUCUGCUGAGAAAUACCCCCCAAAUUACCUGUGGUAAUGAAUUUGCUGACGGAUUUGGUGAUCACAUCCACUGGAGGACGCUGGAAGAUGCCAAGAAAGAAGCUGAAGCCAGCGGGCUGCCGAUCAUGGUCAUCAUCCACAAGAGCUGGUGUGGAGCCUGCAAAGCACUGAAGCCCAAGUUUGCUGAAUCCAAGGAGAUCUCUGAACUGGCACACAACUUUGUAAUGGUGAACCUGGAGAACAUCUUAGAUUAAAUGAAAAACACAGUUUUUGUUUUAUUUGUUUCAACUAUUUCUUUUUCUCCCCUCUUUAUUUCCUUCACAGAUCCGCUCGGCCAUGUCCAUCCUGAAAUCAACAACAAAAAUGGGAACCCCAACUACAAGUACUUUUACAGCAAUGCAGAACACGUUAUAUCCGGUAUGAAGGAGGCUCAGGACAAGCUGACAGGGGACACCUUCAACCAAGGUCACACUGGAGAUGAGCUGUGAGGAGGCUACGACGGGCUUCAGGCUGUAAGGGCUAAACUUCCUCUACCUGAGCCUGUGCUUUCAAGUUCCUCCAAACCACCCCUUAGGAUAUUUAUCCUUUUUCACACAGUGGGGUUUGUCUCACUGACUGAAGCCAACCAUUAUAGGAAUCGGUGCUUUAGUAUUUCUCUCUGUCCUUUACUCCUCCUCCUAAUGUAAUUAAAUGCCAUAUACUGUACUUACUGUCUGUAGAGGAUACAACCAACUCAAAUUAGCCACGUUUACUGCCAUCUGUUGUCAGUUAGUUAGAAACAUCACACCUUUGAAAAGCCAAGACUUUAGGAAGAUGCUCCGUCUGCCAUAGACAAGUUUCAUUUCUCAAACACACAAAGAGACCUUUAAAGUUUUCACCCAGGAGCAUCGAAGCUACACUUUUCACCUUAGUUCCGAUUAAGUAUUUAAACGCCUCCAGUGAUGUGCUUCCAGAGAUCCUCUACAGUAGGUGUAUCUUAUCUGUCUGUGAAACUUUUCACCAUGCACGACAUGGGCUUUGAACUUCUGAUUUAUUACUGAUUUAUUCCCGCCAGUUUGUGUAUACUUACUCAUCCAAACCAUAGACAGUAUGGAAGAUGGCUGGAGCUACCAUGACGCCACGCUCUGGUUAGUGAAGUCUUGUUCUAAAGCCUCAAUGAGCUUAUUCGCUGUCACCUUCUUUUGGGUUUUGAAACCAUCAGCUCAUCAGGAAGCGUUUAAAAAGUCAGGGGAGAGGGUCUUUUCCACAUAGACUUCUAUAGGACCCGAGGUCUUUUUGCAACCACUCGAAUCGCCCCCUGAUGAUCAUUAGAAAGAAAGCAGUUAUGAGGUACUUUGUGCUUCUGGCGUCACUUUUCAGACACUGAAACUGCCUCCACCUUUUAUACAGUCUAUGAUCUAUAUUACAGUUUUUGUUUUUCCUGUUUUGCUGCUUGUAAAGUGACACCACUCUUCAUUUUUUAUGGGCCUCAUUAAACUCUUGAAUUAAGGGAAGGGAUCAUUUGGGAAGUGUCUUGAUGUAUUUUAUACAUGAACACGGCCAAGUGUGCAAAUAAAGUUUGUUUGAUUGAA